GGGAGAGUACACACGCCAGCCCCAUCUCGCUUCGGAGCUCUUUCGGACUUGAAAGGCAUACUGUUAUAUUUUUUCUCUAGGCUUAUUUGCGCUGCCGAAUCCAAGGACUUGACGAUGUCGAGCGGCCGCGGGAUAGAGCCAACUUCGGUACAAGGUCGCUACGCUUACAUCACCACCGACGCCAGCGGGUCCUCUGUCUGGCGUCUUCCGCUUGCGACGACGAACAAUGACCUCGGUAUAGUGGAAGGGUCGCUGAUCUACGGCGGACUCGGGGCCGGCACAGCGCUCACCCUCCUGACGAUGGCCCACGCGGUGUUCUUCGGGAAGCGCAGGAAACGCGACCUCCGCUCCGUGCUGGAGGACAACCUCGACGACCCGACCCUCGCCGCCGACUUCGAGAAGAUCUACGCGUCGGACUCGAACUGGUGCGGCCUCAGACUCACCUGCGAGCUGGCAGCCAAAGCCGGGGCGCCGCUGACCGAGGAGGAGAAGAUGAUGCUCUCCUUCUUCAGGGGCAUGGUAUCCGCUGAAGACCUCCAGGAGAUGGACACGCCGCAGCUCUACUAUUCCUACGCGUCCUUCGUGGGGUUCUCCCAAGGCGACCCCGAGAAGUGCCAGCAGAUGUACUCCAAGUGCCCUUACUCCGCCAAGAAGAUGAUGCAAGUGUACAGAACAGCGCAUUUUAGAAGCGUGGAGAAGAGGAGGGACCAACUGCAGCCGAGCUAUACCCUGGGGUGAAGGGGUAGGGGCGUGGGUCGUAACUGUGGGAUUGUUAUUAUUAUUUCUAUGUUGCUCCUUUUCUUUCGUCUCGUCACUGCUUAUGUGGUGUGGGAUUGUUUAGGAUUUUAGAUAUUAUGGUAAAUCAAAGUACGUACCUAAAAGCAGGUACGGAUAGAUGCGCAUGCGUACAUGAUAUACGUAUACAUAUUCACAUUCACACGUGCAUAUGUUUUGUGAAUUAUAAAGGUCUAGAAAAAGGUGAUGUUCUUGAAAUGGGCAAUGUAGCGCAUGCGAUGUCCAACACGCACACACACACACACACACACACACACACACACACACACACACACACACACACACACACACACACACACACACACACACACACACACACACACACACACACACACACACACACACACACACACACACACACACACUCAUAUGAUACGCAUCGGUUCAAAUACGAAUGCAUAUUUAUUGAUGUUAGAAUAUUUAAUAUGUCAUAAAUAUUUUCUGUUCUUCAGUGUUAUUGUUAUUAAUUGUUAAAUGUAUUGUUAUUGUUUACUUCGGUCUUGCUGGUCGAGACUUUACCCCAA